AUGAGCCAAAUCCCUGCAGAAGUGGUGAAGGAAGUGGACACCAUCUUGGCCAAUGAAGCCUUGCCAGUGCUGCAGAAAGUGGAGAAGCUGUUCAAGACUUUCAGUGGCAGUGGCUUUGGGUACAAGCAGCAUGUGCUGCCCAAGGAUACACUGACUCACCCUAGCAAUAGAGGGGGGAGUAUGCUGAAUGCUGCAGAUGUCUGGGAAAAGGGCCAUCGAAUGGUCAAAGUGGGUGUCCAACCUUCACUUCUCAAUGAAGGUGCUGUGGCUUUCGAGUUGGCAACAGAGGAAGGCAUGAGAAAGAGGCAACUGGAUGCAAAUGUGGCCUUGGUCAAAGCUUCUGGUGACACCCUGGCCCCAGUGACUUUCCAGGAAAGGUUUUUGACAGUGGCAACCAGCCACACUGCUGCCUUCUGCAAAGCAGUGGAGCAAGGGUUGAAAGGACCCCUGGGGUUUCCAGUGGAUCCAAAGCAAGACCCUGGGUUGCAGCAAUUGUGCUCCAAGGGCUGGCCUUUCCUUGUUUUGAGCAACGCAGUGGAAGUGAAAUGGCCCCAGCUGCCCAGCUACAUUCAAUCAGCUUUGAAUGCAGUGAACAACUCCUACCAGCAGAUGACUGAGAUCGAAUGUGACCCCGCUUGCAAGAGGUCUCUGGAAGCCAUUGCAUGGUUUGUCUCCAGGUAUGCAGGAGAGAGGCAAUGCCUAGUGAAGUUCUUGGCUCACUUCAGUAAGACCUAUGGGUCACUGCUUCUGGGGGAAGAGAUGAUGAAGUCCAUUGCCUACAUGGAGUUCAAAGGCUCUACCUCCUUGUACCCUUUCCUGAGGACAGCACUGCAAGCUUUGGCAGAUGGCUGGGAAGUGAUCCAGAAAUCUACUGCUGAACAAGCCACCAAAUUGGCUGCCUUUGGGAGAUUGCUUUGGCAGAUGGCAGAAGAGGCCAAGCCCACUGUUGAACUGGAGGUGAAGAAUGUCUUGGCCAGUACACCUGCUGAGCUGGCACUGUUGCAAAAUCCGCACAUGAAGCAGGGCCAAUUGUACACAUGUUCAAAGGAGCAUGGAAACAAGAUUUGGACUUUCUUGAACAGCAGUGCAAGCAAAGUGAAAUUCUCUCACCAGCCAGUGUUUGGCCCAGCUGAAAGCAUUGAAGUGGAAUUUGAGAAGCUGAAGGAGUGGAAGGUGUGCAAGUCAGCACCUCCAGAGAAAUGCCACCAUUUGAAAGCUCUUGCCCACAUGGCAGUUGCCAAUGGUUCUGCAAUUGUGGCUUUAGAGCUGCAGAAAGCACAUGUGCAGAAGACUUUGCUGCAAGUGUGUGUUGACCAAAUGGUUGGUCCUGAGGAUGUAGCCUUCAGCAACCACCCCAACUUGGUUUGGUCAGUGAAGAAGGUGAAGAAAGGAGCAUUGAAAUUGUUCCCAGCAGGCACUGUCACCAAAGUGAAAGACACACCAGUUGGAGGCAAGCAUUACAUCAAGGCCUUUGGGCACCAUUGGCUUGUUCAGCCUUUCAAAGCUUUGACUGACUUCAAGAAGGGUGAAGGUGUUCUGGCUCCUUUCUGGUGGGUGAAAAGUGCUGACAAUGAGGGCAACAUGCAGCUGGCAGAAGCUACAGUGGAUGGUUGCAAGAUCCCUUACUUGGUGAACUGCACUCCUCUGGGCCCUGAAGAGAUGCUGGUCCUUGAGAAGCCUGAAAAUGCUUCUUCUGCUAAAAAGCAGAAACUGAAGGCUUAG